CAAGACCAAAACAAAGUGCAUUACAGCAAACGUUUCAAAACCCUCAUAAGAAAUAUACUAUACACAAUUAUGGACCCCCAGCUGGCUCAGCAGGCCUUUGAGGAACUAGGCACAUUAGUCUUGCUUGGAAUGCCAGUUGGUACAGAGUUUGGCAUUGACAUGAAUACCUGGAAUGUUGGGGAAAAAUUCAAAGGAGUCAAAAUGAUCCCUCCUGGAGUGCACUUUAUUUACUACAGUGCUGUUAGUAGACAAGGAGAACUGCACCGAGGACUGGAUUUUUUCAUUAUUUUUAAACAAAAAGACUUGGUGGUGCGGCAUUAUGAUCCUUCUGCUGAGGAUCUUGAAACGCAAGAUCCUGAUCAUGAAGAAGUUGAGAGGAUUCGCACCAAUCUUCGAGAUCUUGACCGGUUUUUAGGCCCUUAUCCUAUGGAUUCAUGGAGAAAGUGGGUCUCUCUCACCCAGCACAUUUUUUUAGAAGACAUGGAAAGAAUGAUUCCAUUGACAGGCAAAAUCAGUUCUGUACCAGAGUUGAUUUCACUAAACCAAAGUUUUACAUCAAAUGCGGCAAACAAAAAAAAGAAUGAAGGCAAUAUAUCUCAUAGUUCAGAAGAGCAAUCUUCAGGAGAAAAUCAACAAGAAUGUGCCACCACUUCCUCUCAGCCAUAUAAAUCUUCAAUUCCUGACCUGGAGCCAAUGCCAGGUACAGAAAUAAGGUUCAGCAAGUUUCCAAGCCGACCAUAUCCCGAGGGGGCAAGCCCAAGUGAAAUCACCCGCUGUAGUCUUGAUUCAUCAUAUUCUGUUGAGAAGCUUGUUGAAAACAUUGGAAGACCUGAAGGACUUUUAGGAGAGCUGCAAUUUACCUUUGCUUGUUUCCUGGUUGGCCAAGUUUGGGAAGGUUGGGAGCACUGGAGACGCUUGCUAACUGCACUAUGCAGUGCUGAAAAUUUUCUAAUGGAAAAUCCUGAAAUUUAUCUCAAGUUGAUGUCUGUCAUUCACUUUCAAAUACAAGAGGUCCCAGAAGACUUUUUUGUAGACAUUGUUGAGAGCAGUAAUUUUCUGGCAGCAGCUCUUAAAAUCUUCUUCGCAAAUAUUAGUGACAAUGAAUCUUCGUUGCCUCCUGCAUUAGUCACCAGAGCACACAAAUUCAAAGAUCAUCUGACUUCCAAAUUUGACUGGAAUCUCACAAUGGAAGAUGAGGAUGAUGAAGAUGCACCUGUCAUUGUGGAGACUUCGGAAUGAUCUACAGGUCAUAAAAUGAAAGUAAUCUCCCAACGCUUGAGUAACAGAAUAUGUACAUAUUUGCUACUAAUUUGAACUAUGUGCAUAGGUAAGUUAUGAUGAUUGUAUCAUUACUGACAGUGAACAGACUUUUUUCUCGGUAAAGCAAACCAGUAUAAAAACUAUUUAUGUAAUAUUUACAUUGUUAUAGGUUUUCAGUAAUCUAGAAUUAUUUAUAUCAUGUUUAGUAUGGUAUAUGCACAGUGUAUUUUUUUUUUU